AUGCCCAGGUCUUAUUCCCUACGCUCGAAGCUGAGCAGGGCCAACAAGAGAGUUCAUCGAUCUCAGCCUUACAACGAGCCGGCACCGCCGUCGACAACGGAUAACGUUCAAGCGCGGAAGGCGUACGAAUACCAGCCGCUAGAUCGAGAGGCCCGGGAAAUCAGACUGCUCAAACUAUUGCCAGGAGAAUUCGAUGAUCCCUUGCAGCUCGAAAUCUUCCAUGUGCCGCUCGUCGAGCCGGAGCCAGCGCCAGAUACCAGGCUCAGCCUGGGCAAAAUUCGCGGCACUCUGCCUGAAGGAUGGGCAGUCUCCCAGACAAUUGAGGGCCUGUAUAUCUUCGAUAGAGGCUAUGUCGAGACUGCGCAGUGGACACACCCCGACCCGACUGUCGAAGAAAGCUGGUACCAGGCCAACGCCGUCUUGGACCCGUAUCCAGGGUUUGAGCCCGUAUAUGAAGCCCGUAAGCAAGAUCUCAGUAAUCUGACAAAUGCCACAUUCUGUACAGUGCAGGCUCUGCUGAGGCGGACGAGUGUGACGCGAAUUUCAAAGAAAGAAGUGUCGUAUACUUGGGGCUCCGAGCGAGCAACGGAACAAGCGACUAUUGUGUCCCCUUCCUGCCGCAUAGAUGUUUUGUAUCUGCGGCCUAAUCUUCACUUGGCGUUAAGACACCUCCGUCAGACAAGCGCAGUUCGAACACUGUGGGUUGACGCCCUUUGUAUCAACCAAGAAGAUAUAGAUGAACGGAAUACUGAAGUCAAGAGAAUGGACAAGAUCUUCAGGCUCGCUCAUAGAGUCGUGGUUUGGCUUGGACCCGCAUCGCCUGAUGGCUCCAGCGAGAAGGCUCUCGACGUUCUCCGUAAUAUAGGAGAUCAGACAGAGUACACUCGAGAUAAUUAUCUCUUGAGGUCACCAACUGCAGCAAACGACUCAUGGGAUUAUGAGGUGGCGUUGUCAUACUCCCAACAAGACUAUAGGGCCAUACGGCACCUCCUCGAGCGACCCUGGUGGGAUAGAUUAUGGAUCUGUCUCCGUCGCGCCCUAGCGAACCUGUGUACGAGAGGCGAAGUCGAAUUUGGAAGCAUUCUACCUGAUUCCCUCCUAUCCCAACGCCGAGGCCUCGCUGUUGUGGAAGAAUCAUACCUCGUGUCCUAUCUUCUAUGGUGUACGCAGGAGGCGCAAUAUUCUGUGGACCACGACCGUAUUUUCGCACUCAUCGGACUUCUCGACCCUGGCUUGGUGGCCCUCAUCAAUAUCGAUUACUCUCUGCCCGUCGUGGAUGUUUUCAAGAAUGUAUGCCAGGCAAUCAUUGACCACUACGCCGAUUUGUCGUUUCUGAGUUUCUGUGAGCGUUUUGAGGAAGAACGGGAACAUGAGGAGAUGAAUUGCCCGUCGUGGAUUCCCAAUUGGCUAAGAUGCUCCAAGGAGCGGCUCGGUCCGACCUUCGCGUCAGGCUCCAGUGGUUGUGACCUCGUCGCUUGCCUCGAUGGCCGUCAGCUAGCGGUAUUUGGAGUCUUGUGUGGCAUGGGUACGCUAGCGCCAGCGGAGGGCGACGUCAAUCCAGUGUUGCAGCUAUGGGAGCAAGCUGUAAGAAGUCCCGGGAAGUACGUCACUGGCGAGGAGCGAGAUAAAGCUUUCAUGGCGACUUUACAGUGCGGAGAGACCAAGGACAUUUGGCCAAAAAGUGCUCAUUCCAGUCUCGACGAAUGUUUGGCAUUCUUCCAUUCAGAAGAAUCGAGGCCAUUAGUGUCGAAUUGUGUCAGGGGCCGAUCUUUCUUCUGGUCUGACGAAGGACACUACGGCAUUUGCCCGCCGUCGACCAGAGCAGUUUUUGUUCUCCUCGGGUUUGAUUACCCAAUCAUACUACGGCCGUCAACUCGAGAAAAUGGUGUAUAUCAAGUAGUUGGGUCAGCCUAUGUGCACGGCCUCAUGGACACUGAAGCCUUACUCGGCCCAUUGCCCCUUGGCUGGCGAAUUCAUCAUCUAGUGGACUGGAUGGGUGAUGCUGUUCAAGUAUUCACAGAUACUCAGACCGGCACAGUGGUCUAUGACGACCCUCGUCUCGGCGCACUGCCCGAUGAUUGGGAGUUCAAAAAGGCAUACGACCCUGGCACUUCCGAGAUGAGAUACUUCAUAAAUCGGAGCACGAGCGCGGAGAGAUGGGAAGACCCGAGGUUGGCCCCAGAUGCGCUCCGAACUCGCGGUGUUCCCGUCCAAAGGAUUCAUUUAGUUUAA